AAUGGUUGAACCAUGUCGAGGCGUAAGCAAGCGAAGCCGAAACAUAUCCACUCGGAGGAACCUGUUCCGGUGGCAAAUGGGGCUCUGCAGGAUAAUCAGGCUGAAGAAGACUGGAGCAAGCUGAAGAGGAGCAGGAUGGAGGAGACCUUUGUUUGUGACACAUGCUGUGCAGAGUUUUUCGAGCGGGAUGAAUUUCUCCGGCAUCAGAUCGAUUGCACUAACAGCCAGCAAGUCCUUAUUGUCAAAGACGACAGUGCAGGGGUACUGCCAGAGGGGUCGCAGGACUCUGCAGACAGUCCCCUGAAUGACCAGAGUGACAGUCUGUCCAGCAGUGAUGUACAGAUGAAUGGCAAUACCGGGGCGGCGGGGGAGAGGCGAGAGCCGGGCAGGAUCGGUGAGGAGUCAUUUGGAAGAGUGGAGAUGUCAGCCAGCCCUGUUAUGAUGCACAGUUUUCCUGACCAUAAAUUGCAAGACACUUAUGCCGCACUGGAGAUGAAGCCUGGCACAAAGGUGGCGGUGAGUCAGCAUUCGUCCAACAGCGUGUCACCUGCUUCUGAAGCCAACCUGAAUAUCAUCCCCAUAAUUCUAGAGCAGCUGCUGAGCCUACAGCAGCAGCAGCUGAUGCAGAUCCAGCUGACGGAGCAGAUUCGCAUCCAGGUGGCCAUGAUGGUGUCUCAUAGCCUUAAUUCUUCUGGCACAGCUGUUGAUCCUCUGAAAGCCCUAGGCACUCAUCUUUCUCAGCAGCUCUCGGCUGCUGCUGCUCUGAUCGGCAAAAGAGCUGGCGCCCACAGCCUGUCGCUCGAAACCCUCAAACAAGGAAAGCUGCCCCGCUCAAAAGGUGUUCCCUCCAAGUCAGAUCUGUCUACCGUAGCUCCCCAGCUCUCGAAGUUUCUGCCACUCCUGCCUGGUAAUAUGGGUAUACAGAGUCCCUUGUCAGCCAUGUCAGCUGGUCUGGAUCAGUCCAAGAAAGGGAGGACCAAGCUCAUUAACGUGGGUGUCGAUCCGAGUGCGCAGUCCGGGGAAGUUCCCAAGCGCAAGUGCAAGUUCUGCGGGAAGAAGUUUGGGAACGACAGCGCCCUCCAGAUCCACCUGCGCUCUCACACGGGGGAGAGGCCGUACAAGUGCAACAUCUGCGGAAACCGGUUCACGACCCGGGGCAACCUCAAGGUGCACUUCCAGAGGCACAAGGAGAAGUACCCACACAUCCGGAUGAACCCCAACCCCGUGCCCGAGCAUCUGGACAACGUCGCCAUCAGCAGCGGCAUUCCCUACGGAAUGUCGAUGCCCAUAGAGGAGGCCAGCUUUAUGAGCAGCGGGGCGAUGCUGGGCCUUCCUUUGGCUGUCAGUCAUUUAGGGCAUCAAUCCUCCCACGACCCCUUGGAGAACAUGCUGUACACUCAAAGGCGGCCUUCGGUCAGAAGCGAGGGCCCCUUCGCCGCCUCAGGAAUGGUGCUAGAUCGAAACCUGCAACCCCUGGAAGGUCAGGUGGGCUUCCCUCACACAAAAGGCGUCGGCGGGCCGAGCUCAGAGACAGCCAAGCUGCAGCAGAUGGUGGACUGCCUGGAGAAGACAGGAAACCCCAACGAGUGCAUGAUCUGCCACCGGGUGCUGAGCUGCCCGAGCUCCCUCAAGAUGCACUACCGCACGCACACGGGCGAGAGGCCCUACAAGUGCAAGAUCUGCGGCCGGGCCUUCUCCACCAAGGGCAACCUAAAGGCCCAUCAGAGCGUGCACCGGGCCAACGCUCCCCUCAAGAUGCAGCACUCCUGCCCGAUUUGCCAGAAGAAGUUCACCAACGCCGUGGUUCUCCAGCAGCACAUCCGCAUGCACAUGGGCGGUCAGAUCCCCAACACUCCCCUGCCGGAAAACACGCCGUUUGAAAACCCCGCCGGAAUGGAUUCGCCUCUGCCCGAGAAGGCUGUGGACGUGAACGGCUUUAACGAUGAGGGUUUGAACGAGCCGGAGAUGGAGGUUGAUUCCCUGGAGAAGCCCUGCGACACCCAAGAGUCUUUGCUGUCACCCUCUGCUGUUAAGGAGGAGCAACGUACAUCAUCCUCACCAGUUUCUCCUAGUGGCUGCGGCCUUGACAACCACAUGAAGAGCUUCGCUUCCGCCUUGAACCUGCAGCCGAAGAAAAGUGCCCUAUCAGAGAGGGACGGUGCUCUCGAUGAGGUGCCUUUUGGGCCGUACCAGAAUGGCCAAAGCCCUCCAGUCUCCGACUCGGUUGCCUUCCAGCCUUCAUUUUCAGUGGUGAGCCAAAUGAAGGCCAGCCAGUCAAAAUCUCCUGAUUCCGACCACCCUGGAGACUGUGGUAGAGAAAACGGUGAACCAGAGGGGAACGGUGGACUCUGGGAUCUAGAAUCCAACGAUGCUCUGGACUUGACAGCAGCUACUGCUAAUGGUGUUUCAAAGGCAAUAAAAGAGGAGCAUAGCCCAUCCUUCCCAAAUUACGGAGAUUAUGGCCCUAGUGGUGCUCCUGUCCUGCACAUUCCCCCGAGCCUGGCAAAACUGGACCUGCGCAUCCCUCCGGAGAACCCCUUCAGCGCCACCAGCCUGUUCGGCCCGCAGAUUUUAGGCGCCGGACUGCUGCCCUCCGGGACCCCGGCUCCGCGCCGCUCGGCCAAGCAGCACGUGUGCAAGACGUGUGGCAAGAACUUCUCCUCCACCAGCUCCCUGCAGAUCCACGAGCGCACGCACACCGGGGAGAAGCCUUUCGCCUGCACCAUCUGCGGCAGGGCCUUCACCACCAAGGGCAACCUCAAGGUUCACAUGGGAACACACAUGGAGAACAGCCUGGGGAGGCGGGGUCGGCGGUUGUCUCUGGACAACGGCAAGGCCCUGACGGCAGCAGUGGGGGCGGAGUCUAAUAUUCCGUCAGAGAUGGCACCACCCCUGAGACCUCAGGGCCCUCCCCUCAUUGGCGUGGACCUCUCAGUGCUGAACCAGUGCGCUGCCGUUUACACAAACGGGCUGGCCAUGAAGACCAAUGAGAUCUCGGUCAUCCAGAACGGAGGCGUUCCCCUGCCCAGCGGCCUCGUGAAGAUGGACGGGCCUCCGUCUGCUCUCCCUGCUCCCAUGACCGAAAUGGAGAAGAACGGAUCGGACAGCAUUUCCCAGUUCCCACACUUUUCUGAAGAGCGCAAAAUGGUUGCUGGUGAAAUUUGA